AUAGUUCGCGAGUUUUCUUGUUGCCAUGCAGAUUCCUGAGGCCGACAAGUGAAACCUUACAUUGCAAUACCUACCUUUAUUGUUUUUGAAUGCAGCUUUUAGGGAUGUUUGGUAUUACUUAGCCGUCUGAAUAGAGGAAAGCUUUAACCAUUCUUUCAUUCAAAAAGCGAGAUAGACAUAGAGGGGAUCCUAGCAUAUCUGCAUGGACAGAAGUGAUGUUCGAUAAUUGAUCAUUAUUUACGCCGGAAAUGACUUUUUCAGAUAUAGAAGUAUCUCACGCAAACAGGUAUUAUUUCCACUGAAACUAUCUCAUUGCCCAGAAUAUUACAUGUAAAAAGGAGUAUUUAUUUUUUCGAUAACAUAUUACAAUUUGCGUACAAAAACACAUUGCUGAAAACUCACUCGAGUUUUCUAACUUGUUUCUACUCACAUACACUAUAUCGCCGGAUUUCUGAAUCAAAACAAAAACACUGACAAUUGAAAGAAAAAUUAUUUGCGAGUAAGAAAACUUUUAUUAUUGAUAAUACUUACUUUUGUUUGUGUUAUUCAAAAUGCCGUUAAACCUAACGCAUUUGCAACGCUGCAUCAUCUCGACGGCAUUUUAUGUUGUGUGCUUCAUUCUUGAAAUUGUGGCUUGUGCGCUCAUCUACGACAUGACCGACUCCGACUGCAUAGGAGCGCGUGAGAUCUCUACAUUCAUGUGGUGGUCAGGUCUUUUAGUCUUUAUUCCCAUUAUACCGGAUAUAUUGUACUGCAUCAUGGGCAUACUAAUAUCGGAGCCAUUCUAUGCAGCACUGGGCGGCUGCUAUAACAUUGUGAUGUUCUGUGUGUGCGUAUUGGCCUGCAUAUUUGCCUUUCUCUCGGUUACGGGUUGUGGAAAUCCGAAACAGACGACAGUUUUAGUAGUUGGUAUAAUUGAACUUAUUGCUGGCAUAGUACAUCUGGUAUUCAUAUGGUUUAUCAAGGAGAAUCUCGAUGAAGGCGAAGUUUUAUUUAGUAAAAAUUUUUAAAGCAAAUGUUGGCGACUAAUGUUUAUAUAUGUAAUCUACGAGCCUUUCAUAUUAUAAUAUGUGGAAAAAUGGGCAGAAUAUUGCUUUUAAUUAAUUAGUGUUUCUAGUGUGUUGGAAGUAAGACUAUAUGUAUAGAUAGUGAAGUGACCAGAAACUGAAUUUUAUAAAGAUUUUGCAGUACUUAUAGGAGGUAGUCGUUAUUCACGGCUCCACACGAUUCCAAGAGAGUUCUUAAUUUGCAUUAUUUGUUAAGUUGGAAUCUUUAUUCUAUAUAUGCCUGCCUUAAGGUAUUUUCAGUUCCUAAACCACUUUGGAUUUUUUUGACUAGCCUAUAGAAGUCUUUACUUAGUUGUAACCCUAUUGAAUGGUUUACAGAAUUCACGGUUCUCGUUGAAACCCGACAUCAGUGGCGUUCAAGCUGAACCGAUCCAUUGAAACUACUUUCUAGCACUCACACUGAGCAAAUCGAUUGUCUCUUGUAUAUUCUGAUUCAUUCAAAAAUUAGUUUCUGGCAGCCAAUUUAGAAAAAAGGUGCGAAAAUUUCGAACAACAAAUUCGUAUAUUACUGCUUCUUCACUUCGCAUUACUUGCUCAUGUAAGUCUAUAUAUCAAAUCGGUUCAUGUUGGUUGGAUCCAUGAAUGCUGGUAAUAAUGCAAUCAAUCCGUUCGAAAAGCUCAUCAUAUAAAUCCUAUAGUUCACGUC